GCUCAGUUUAAACCGAGGGGCGGGAGGGAGCUCAGUUUGAAUCCGUCCGCUAGCAGCUCCGCUCGGAUUGAACAUCCAGAGUUUCCGGUACCGGACAGUUAGCGCUGAUGGCCUCCCAAAAUAUGGACCCCGCAGCGGCUACAGCUUCUUCCACGGCCGCUCUAAAGGGCAGUGAGAGCGGCGGCAGCGCGGCCAGAGGCUCGGUCUCCAAACGGCUGCAGCAGGAGCUGAUGACUCUCAUGAUGUCGGGGGAUAAGGGCAUCUCGGCGUUUCCAGAGUCGGAUAAUCUCUUCAGAUGGGUGGGAACGAUCGAUGGAGCUCAGGGGACGGCGUACGAGGGCCUGCGGUACCGCCUGUCCCUGGACUUCCCCGCCGGCUACCCGUACCAGGCGCCGCGGGUGAAGUUCGUGACGGCGUGUUUCCAUCCCAACGUGGACGAGCAGGGCUUCAUCUGCCUGGACAUCCUGAAGGACAAGUGGUCCGCCCUGUACGACGUGCGCUCCAUCCUGCUGUCCAUCCAGAGCCUGCUGGGAGAGCCCAACAUCGACAGUCCCUUGAACGCCACGGCGGCCGAGCUGUGGUCCGACCAGGACGCCUUUAAAGCUCAUCUUCACGCCACGUUCCAGCAGUGAAGCUCCUCCUCCGCCGCUCUCUGUACCAUAUUUCUGUGUUUGUUUGGUUUUUCUGCUUUAAAUAAAGUUCUUAUUCAACACUGA